CAGGCAGAAAGCAUCAACUGAGAAAGAGGGAGAUGCUGCUGUCAGAGGAGUCUGGAGCUCAGACUGCAGACAGCAGCGACUGAAGGUUGUUUCUGAACUUGUGUCCUUAGCACUGACACUUGAAUUAGCAGUUUUCACCAGGAGGAUGGAUCUGAAUUAAGGGCUUUUUUGUGCAGAAUUGCAGCGUGCCAUCGGGUUUCUUCUGCCGGAUCUCCUGUCAAGUUUCUGUGCAGAUGGAGCUGAGCAGAAGGAAAGUGCCUCUGUAUGGCGAGGCGAAGGUGUUUGCAUUGCUGGAGGGUUUAGACUCGGUGCCAGAGGAUGCAGAGAUCUACGUUGUUUUGGAGGGAUCCACACUGGUCCAUGUCACCAGGGCUCAGAGUGAUGUCAUGCUCUGCUUUAUCGUGCCUGGACAUAACCUGGCUGAGAUGGUGUCUGUCCAGGCCUAUCUGUGCUCUGAAACCACACCUCUCACCUGGGUGGGUGGGGCUUCAUUAGAGUACGUUCACGAUGAUGCACAGGACCUGGCAGAGCACCUGGUAAUCCAUGGACAUUGCCUGAGCUCCACCGAUCACAAGGAGCUGAGCAGCCUCUUCAACCUGGGCCAGGAGAGCUCUCGUUGGGCUAUGGAUCGCCGCGUAGCCCUGGCCAUGGCCAACCUGGAUAUCCCCCAGAACUGGAAUGUGCUGGGAAGCCACAGUGGAGACGAGCACAGUCCCAGAGAGUCUCCCCUCCACCUGGCUGUGCGAUGGGGUUUGUGUCGGCUGGCGGAGCUGCUGCUUUGCCAGCCGGGGGGUUUGAUGGCUGUCAGUCUGCCAAACGAAGACGGAGUCACACCGCUGCAGCUGGCACAGACAGCAGGCAACACUGAGCUCCUGGAUCUGCUCUCACACCCACCCAACCCUCUGGCUACACCUCCAGCAGGCCUGUCCCAGGUGUGGGCAGACAGAUCCAGGCUGCUGAGGUUCUGUCAUGACACAGGAAACCUGACUCUGACUGUCCGACAAAACCUGAGGUGGAGCUCAGAGGAGAGCAGACACGCUGAUAUCCUGCUUCUCAGAGACCGACUCAGAGAUGUGGACUUUCUCAGAGAGAUCAAAGCACUGAGGAGGGACCGGGUGGAGACCAUCUUAGGGAAGGAGGAACUAGUGGAUGAUCCUGCAGACAAUGCGCUGUAUCCUGACAUAAAUGGAGGAAGCUCUGCUGGUGAAGAAAAUGUUCCCAGUUUCUUCACUGAGGACUUCGAGGAGCAGCUGAUGUUUUGCCUGAAUGAGGAGGACGAAGAAGAGGACGAGCCUUCGCAGUCUGACUCUGAGAAAAGCCAGUCCAUCAGGGAGAGCCAGGCCUCAUCCCCGACUCUAGCAGCAGCUGCCAGGCUGUCAGCGAUGAUACACGGCAAAGACCAAGUUUACGCCAACGCCAUGCUGGUAGACCAGGUGGACGACGCUGACAUUAAAUACCGCUCUCCAGGGGAGGAUGAGGUCAGUCCCACGUCCCACGUUGGCAGCUCCUGCUGGGAUUCCUUCUCCGUGACUCCACCUAAUUCAGGGAACUGCUCCCAGAACCGGUACCCGUCCUCACCCCACAACGGGCUGAGAGGAGUCCAAGACCCUGGCCCAGAGAGUCACAGGGAGCCAUCCCCUCGCAUCUCUCCCCCCUCUCCCUUUGCUUCCUCCCCAUCUUUUCCUUCCUCUCCCCUGGCUUCCGCCCUUCGUUUGUUCGAGGGAGCACAGAGGCGUCAGACGCAGACAUGCUUGCCAGUUUCUCCGGGUUUGAAUCACAAAGGAUGCAGCUUGACAGAGUCAAGCCGGGGCCUGAGCCCCAGUCUGGAGUGUGACAGUGGAGAGGAGGACUUACUGGGACAUUCCUACCCCUGCUCGUCUUUAAAGCAGCAAUCCAUCCUGCAGUCCAGCUCAGGAGAGGAGAGGGACUCCUUUGAUACGUCACCAGAUUUUAAUCGUGCACACUCCGACAUCACACAAAAGUCCACCAAGAACCCAGAGGAAGCUGAGGUUCGCCUGCGCUCCUACUCCUACACCUCCCCUAAAGCGAAGCCGUCACGGCCUCUGCUAAACCGAGACGCGACUAUCACUGAUUUAGCAGAAGAACAGAGAGCGUUCAACCUGACUGAGACGCCCCGAGAAAAGAGGGUUUUGGGUUUCCGUAAGCGGGCCCAGUCAGCAGAGGAGGAGAGCAGCGCAUCGCUCCAACACCUCACCCUCACAGAGUUCCUCAAAGAGAUCGAGGAUGAGGAGUGGGAUAAAUACAUAAUUCCAUCUAAGGUCGAGUCGGAAAAGUACAAAGUCAGCCGGACCUUCAGCUUCCUCAAGAGCAGGAUGUCCAGCACUCGAAGCAAGACCAAGGUGAAGGGGAAAGAGGUGAAGGAGGGAAAGGAGAAGUCAGGAGUUGCUAACGGACACCAGUUUCUUCCUGUAACUCCAUCUGGUCCUGCUCUCUGUGUGGCCUGUGAUAAGUCUGUUUCUGGGAAGGAGCUGCUGCAGUGCUCCAAUUGUUUCAUGAACGUCCAUAAAAACUGUCGAGAGUCUGCUGCGGCCUGUGGAAAGAAGCUACAGGAGAGGAAUGCACUGCUGAUCAAAAGCAAGACCUUAUCUCUCCCGCAGAACUCUAUGAAAGACAACUCUCUAGCCUCCAUUUUUACUCCUUCUUCCUCAUCCUCAUCUUCACUGCCAGCGAUGACCAGAGAGAAAAGAGAAACAGUCGCUCCUCUCUGCAAAAGCCUCUCCAUCUCCAUAGACAGCAGGAGGCUGAGUGAUGCAGCAGUGGUGGAUGCUGACUGCAGCGUCACAGUUUGCACCAACAGCUCUUUGUCUGAUGAGGGGACUCCAGUCACAGCGACUCCCCCGUCCACCGACCUGCCAAUCACCACACAGGAUGCUGUCGAUGCUCCUCUGCUGAGUGACCUGUCAGCCGACCUGCUGGGACUCGAUGCCGAGUCGUGGAGUCUCGCAGUCAGUCCAGAGUUUUGUAGGAAACAUGACAGGCACACGGUCAAACGACAGGAUGUUAUUUAUGAGCUGAUGCAGACGGAGCUGCACCACAUCCAGACCCUGACCGUCAUGUCCGAGGUGUUCAGGAGAGGAAUGCUGGAGGAGCUGCAGCUGGACUGGGACUGCGUAGCUCGGAUCUUUCCCUGCUUGGAUCCGCUGCUGCUCUUCCACAGAAACCUCUUCAGAGCGUUGCAGGAACGCCGGCAGGCCGCAACGGAGAUUGACAAUUCCCGAAAUUACCUCAUCCGUCAGAUUGGCGAUAUACUGCUUCAGCAGUUCUCAGAUGAAAACGCUGAGAAGAUGAAGCAGGUGUACGGAGAGUUCUGCAGUCACCACAUCGAGGCUGUCAAUGUCUUCAAAGAACUGAAACAACAGAACAAAAAAUUCCAAAAUUUUGUCAGACAACAGAGCAAUAACUCUCUGGUCAGACGAAGAGGAGUCCCAGAAUUUAUCCUGCUGGUCACUCAGCGCAUCACAAAGUAUCCGGUACUGCUGGAGAGGAUACUACAGUACACUCAGGAGGGAAGUCAGGAACACUCAGACUUGUCAAGUGCUUUGGCUCAGAUCCGUGACGUGAUCGCAGCUGUGGAUUUGACUGUGAAUAAGUAUGAGAGGUGUCAGGAGCUGCAGGAAGUUCUGGCCAGACUGGAGAACAAGAGCUUCGCCAAGCUCAAAAACGGCAAAAUGUUUCGCAAACAGGACCUGCACAGCAAACACAGGGUUCUGCAGCACAAAGGGCUCGUCUACUGGAAGACUGCCACGGGGCGUCUGAAAGAUACUUUAGCUCUUCUUCUCACUGACGUUCUGGUUUUCCUGCAAGAGAAAGACCAGCGCUUCGUGUUUGCUGCUGUGGACCAGAAGCCCCCAGUAAUUCCUCUGCAGAAGCUCAUCGUUAGAGAAGUAGCCAAUGAGGAGAGAGGGAUGUUCCUUAUCUCUGCCUCCUCUGUGGGGCCAGAGAUGUACGAAGUUCACACGACCACCAGGGAGGAGAGGAAUGCAUGGAUGAGACACAUCCGCCAAGCUGUAGAGAGCUGUCCCGAAGAAGAGGAAGAGGAAGAGCGAGCGGCUGAGACAGAGGAAGCCAGGCAAGCUGCAGAGGUGAGAGUCCAGAAGAUCACCAAGUUCCAAGAGACACUGUUGGGUCAGGAUCAGCGAAUCUGCAACAGCCUGGAGGAGAAGCUGCAGCUUUAUGCUGAGCUCACAGAGUUAACCCUCCGUUCACCAGAACCUGCACCGCAUCGCCACCUACUGGUACAACCUGCACAGUACAUGGACAGUGAGACGCCACAACCGGCCUCCUCACUGCUCACAGCUGCACUCAGAGAAGCGGAGAACCUGAUCACCAUCCUUCAGGCUCGUGAUGGCCUUUCUGUUCAAAACCAGAGCUCUCCUGUCCGAGGACCAGAGUGCUGCAGCUACAACAGCCACGGCAGCAGCAUUCAGGAGUCUCCCUCUGAACCGGAUUAUCUGAGCACGCUGAGUAUGAGCUCUGCCUCUCUGGGAUCAGACAGCGAGUUAACAGGGCUAGACAAUGUGCUGUGGAGCUCAGCUGUGGAGCUGAGAAAGAGCGACACCAAAGGGACACUCAUAAAGGUGGCAGAGAGUGUGCAGAGCCUGACUCAGCUUCUCUACAGUCUGCAGGCUGCUGUGACGCUCCAGGACAGUUGCUAUGAAGUCCACAAACUCCUUCUCCAGGAGGGAGAAAGACCUCAGCUCCGAACCAUCACGUCUCUCCAAAGCAGCCUGGAACAGGAGAAGAACAGGAAUAUUGAGAAGAAGAAAGAAGAAGCGGAAAAGAAAGGUUUAGAGAGGAAGAAAGAAGACGUGGAUGAUGUUCAGAAACUCCAUGUGAAGUUGAAACAAGAGCAGCUACGUUGGGACAAAGAGUGUUCAGCCAGAGAGAAACAACAGAGUGAACAGGAGAAUGAGCUGGAGCAGCGAGAGCAGCAGUGUCUCCUGGAGGCCGAGAGGCUGCGGUGUGAGCGUGAGGAGCUCAAGGCUCAGCUGCUGGAGUAUCAGCAGAACCUGGACAGACUGAGGGAAGGCCAGAGGAGCGUGGAGAGGGACAAGGAGAGGAUCGAAGCCCAACAGAGGCUGCUCCAAAGCUGGAGACACAACCGCCAGAGUAGCCUGCCUGUUACGAUACCGCUGGAUGGAUACAAGCCCCAGGUGACCAGCCACAGCCGCUCAGGCAGCCUGGAUGGUAACUGUUCGGUGUAUGAGAACGAGGCAGCUUUUCUCGCCUCCCUCCAACAGAACCACCUCCAUCAGCCCACCACCAACAACCAGCAUCUGCUCUCCAUGCAGAGGAAGAACCACGAUGGGCCUCUGCACAGCUCCAGCUACACCGCUAACCUCGGCCUCAGCGCCAGCCUCUACAACAGCCUCAACACCCUGCUGAGCCAAACACACAACAAACAGCCUCUGGAUGGUCUGACGUACCCGAGUUACAACCACAGCUGUCCACGACCUCUGAAUGACUCCAUCCAGCCAUUCAGCAGCAGGGUCACCGCACAGCCACAGAGGACCAAUAACACAGACUUCAACCCACUGCUGGACCGACAGUGUCCAGAUCCCUGGAGGUCGGAGGUCACAGGUCACAAACUUUACGAGGACUACUCCUCUCCCUCUCUUACCCCUCUCCUCCCCCCGCAGGCCUACCUCUCCCUGGAAGGACAAAAUGGGGAGGAGGGAGGAGAGGAGAACAUUGUUUACCUCUGAGGAUCAUGACAGAGAAAUGCAAGCUGCCUAACGUAUAACUGGACAAACAAUGUAUCGGUUGCUUCUUUGUGCAUGUGUGCAUUUGUUUUCAUCUAAAUGUGAUGGAUAUAGUUUCAUUAUUUUUAAAAAAAUCCUGACUAAUCAAAUGGAUUGUGGGUAGUUGCAGGGAGAAGGUAUAAACGAUACACUAUGUGCCUUUAGCGGUGUAUGUGCUGAACUAGUCUUUCUCUUCCAGUGUGAUCAAACCAUUGUGCCUUUUGCAAAUCAGCUUUUAUACUUGUACUGCCCAUGUUUUUACUGCUACUAUGAUUUUAAAGCUGUCUGUUGCACUUGUUUGAUGACAGAUGCACCUUUGUGCUACAAACACUAAAGUACCAGGAAAUCAGGACAGAAGUAUUGACAUCCUUUUCCCUUCAGCACUUAAACAUGAACAUAGAGAAACCAGUUGAGCCCCAAACUAUGUACAGAGUGCUAUUGAUCUUUAGUAAUAUUUAUAAGGGAUUGUGAGCAUCUACAAGAGAUAAAAAUAUACUGACAUUAUUGUAAAAAUCUUACAUAUAUGUACAGUUUUCUGGAAAUGCUACCUAUGCACACUGUGUUGGAGGAGAAUCUUAAACUAUAUCGUUAUUUUUCUCACUUAAGUGCCAAAAAUCUCACUAUCCGAUACUGUAAUUGAUUUCUGUAAAGAAUGGGUGUAUCUUGUUUUCAGUUCAUUGCUUUUUCUGAUAAUUUAUUGCAUAUAAAUUGCUUCAUGCACUGUAUACAGUAAUAUUUUUGUUUCAAUAUGUGUUGUCUUGUAAUCUCUAUAAUCAGAACUGUGAUGUCCCAUUAAUAUUGUGUAUAUAAAACUAUUGUGGCAAACA